AUGUCAUCGUCUCAGCCGUGUGGGGCAAGUUCAAAGGAAAUACAUGACAAUGUCCAUCGACUUGCUCUGGAGCAGACUUCGCCUCUCCCCCCCCACAAUUCCAUUGACUCCCUUGAAAACAAUGGGCAAAUGGCUUUGGCCUUUGACAGCUCGAAUCGAGGUUCUAGAGCAGAGAACCGGACGUGCUUGGAACCAAAACGAGAACAAGUGCUCACAGCCACACUCAACGACCGCCCGGCAGGACGCCUUUGCGAGCUCAGCCGUGGAUCCACCUGCCCCGAGGACACGAACUUACCAGGGGCUCAUUCAAGACUUGAACACAACGUGUUAAGCCACGACUCAAGAAUAAACCCACCGGAAGUCCUCGCCAUCGAACAUACGAACCGGACAGCUAGGGCAACUUCCAAAUCCAAACACAAAACGUUAGGAGCAGUAGCGACUUCCCAGCUCCACCUUCCGAACAGAACAACCGGAGCGGCUGUCGGCCUUGGAUACAGGCCGUUGGGCCAGCAAUCAAACGCUGGUUCUGGAGACGAUGCCUGCCUCGCUGCUGCAGCGCGCAACGAAUUCCAAGAACAGAUGCUGCGCGUACCCGCAGAAGUCUGCCAAAUGAUCAUGGACAUGGUUUUCGACGAAGCCUUUGGGCCCCGAAGGGUCCAUCCGCACAAGGACCCUCCCAUCACGAACAUCUUCCUAGCCUUGGACACCGCAUUCCAUCGCCGAUUCCACGAACAGUACUGGACCAAGAACACCUGGGUCAUCAGCAAAGGCCCUCUCAACAAGACGAUGCGGUUCAUGACGGAAAAACCUUACAACGAGACCACCACCGAGUUCUCCCUCCAGACCCCCAACAAAGCCGCCCUCCAGAUCCGACGCGCGGAGCUCAGCUUCAGCAACGCCGACGCGCCCGCUCGAUCCGGGCGGCAAACCCUCGCCGACCAGAGCGCCGCAGCCCCGCCCAUCGACCCCCGCCAUUCCGGCCCCGUGGCCACCCAAGCGCAACGCAGCGACGACACGCAACGCCAGCUCGUCCACACCUGGCAGGACAAGUUCGACCGCGUCGCCAUGCUCAACCUCCGGCACCUGACCCUCGACUUCACCGAGGCCUACGGUCCCGGCGGGCUGUAUCUGGGGGUCUACCUGGUGCGCCGCCUGAUACCGUUCGCGCACGGGAUGCCGGCCGAUUUCAGGAUCGUGGCGCCGGACGGUUGGCUCGAGAGGCAGAUCCGCAAUGCGUUCUUGGCAUUGAACGCGCGUUGA